AUUUUGAGGUUUUGAAGAAAGGGUAUUACUCUUUUCUUUGAAUACUCUUUUCUUUGAAAGGCUCUUUUUAUUCAUGUCAAUUUCUCGGUUAUUCACAUAAGCAAUUCUCAGAUCACUUAUUUCAUCACGAUCCUGAAACAUUUCGCCCUAAGAAGGGUAACGUGAAGAAUUCCUUGGUGAACUUGAACAUCGGAUCAUUUAAAUUAUCACUGCAAAUGCCAAUCCAGCUCGUGGGAUGGCACCGGUAACUUGGUUUGGAUAAUGUCGAUCUUAGCAAGUGUUAGCGACAUUCUUUGCAUUAACCAUCAUAAUUAUGUAGAUUUAUUCUGCAAUAUCCUGUCAAGUAGAUUUCCUAAGUAGUACAAAACUUCUAAAGAUUAUUAGCUGUGUUGUGAGGUGUUACAGUUACAAUAAAACUACUGGUUGGGAUGGAAAAACAAAACCUGUGAGAAGGAACAUCUAGUCUCGUGCCCUAUUGUGUUCGCAUGUAAGUCCCGAAUUUAUUUCGACAUGUAAAACGCGUCACUCGUAGAAAACGUGUUGUGUGAGUAAUGCAACUUCUUCCUCAGUAAACUGGUCAUCCUGUUGUGUUAUGAACGGCUCUCUCUGAUUUUGGAAGUUUCCAUCCGAUUUUGGGCCGUUCGGUCAGUUUCCUAAGAGUUCAGUUUAUUUUUCCUGGUUCUAUCCAAUUCAAUCACAGUUUGCAUUCGGACACUUCCGUCCGUCUAAUUUUGGGAAGGUUUGUGGGAUUUUUGGACUUAACUGUCUGAGUUAGAGCUCUUUCGUUUAGUUUCAGACAGUUCUCUUCAAUUUGGGAUGGUUCAGUACGCUCAGGUGGCUCUUCCCGAUCAAGUUAGAUGCUUUCGUUUGCUCAGUCGGAUUUUUGACGGUUUCAUCUGUUUUCAAAUGGUUCCCUCUAAUGUCAGGCACUUUCGUCGAGUUUGGGCCGGCUGUAAGAUAUGUCAGACAGUUUUGGCUGAUGCUUUGGAUGAUUCUGUCCGAUUUCAAAAGUGUUAUUCCAGAGUCAUACACAACUUGUUUCGGGAAAGGUUUUGUCACCUGUUGGCCUUUUUUCUGGUACUUUCAACCCAGCAGGACAUUGUUUACAAUAUCAUACCAUAGCUUUCAUUUACCGAGAAGGUAACAGAGGAGGUAAGAGUUAACUUGGAGAUCACAGUUAAGAAUCAGAAGAAACAUAAUGAAGAUCUCAAAUGUUUUACUUGUUUGUUGUGCAUUGAUCUUAUCUCUAGAAUGCUGUUCGUCAAGACCACAUGGUACAGACUCGAUUAAUUCUGGUGAAUUUGAUGAAUCAGGAAAUCUUGCAGAAUCAGGAGCUUCUGGGAAGUCUGAUAAAGGCCACGAAAAAAGGCGAAAAAGCUUGUUUAAUUCUGAGGAGACAGAGACACAAGCCGAAUCAGGAGAAUCUGCUGAAUCCGGGGAAUCUGGCGAGUCCGGGGAAUCUGCUGAAUCCGGCGAGUCCGGGGAAUCCGCUGAAUUCGGAGAAUCGGGCGAAUCUGGGGAAUCUACUGAAUCUGAGGAGUCCGGGGAAUCCGGGGAGACCUCAGAAUCCGGGGAAUCUGGUGAGUCCGGGGAGUCAGGCGAGUCCGGGGAAUCUGGCGAGUCCGGAGAAUCAGCUGAAUCUGGAGAAUCCUUAGAAUCUAGUGAAUCUGAGGAGUUUGCCUACGAAUAAAAUAAAAUUUACUCUCGAAAAUCCCUUCAUCUCAACUUACAAUAAUGCUUCCAUUUAAACUAGAAGCACAAUAUUUUUAUCAUUUUAUAAAAGGGUAUUGACAUGUAUUAAUUUUUUCCGCAAUUUUUUAUACAGGAACGAGUUUGAUAAGUACAUCUUGAUAAACCUCUGUCAUAGGUUCAUGUUCAGCUCUCUAGUUAGACCAUCAUGUUUCAUCUCCGAGAUUAUUGAUUAUGGUCCAUUUUGUGAAUUCAAGUUACUUAAUUUAUGGAAGUUUUACAACGCAUGCUCACUCUGAAAUGGCACGUGCAGAAAUUUACCAGAUAAGCCUGGUAUCAAUAAAAAGAAACCAACUUUGUUGUUUUUGACGGA